AUGCCCUCAGCUCAGCCGCAUCACCAGUUCAAGAAGUGGGCAAAAGAGUAUGGCCCUGUGUACUCCCUCAUCCUGGGAACCCAGGUCAUGAUUGUGCUCUCUUCAGACAAGGCGGUCAAAGAUCUUCUAGACAAGCGCAGCGGCAUAUACUCGUCACGCACCGAUGUCUACCUUGGAAAUGUAGUCAGCAACAAUCUUCGUGUGGUUCUCAUGAAAUACGGCGAGCGAUGGCGCAUGAUCCGAAAGAUCUUUCAUCAGGUUUUACAUAUCAGCGCGGCCAAGGGUUAUGUUCCGUAUCAGGAUCUCGAGAGCAAGCAGAUGCUUUCUGGCUUUUUGGACGAGCCUGGUCUCUUCAUUGAUCAUAUUCGCCGAUUUACCAAUUCUCUCACCACACAGAUGGUGUUUGGCUUUCGAACGACGAGCAUCCAUGACGAGAAGUUGAAGAAGCUGUAUCACUGCGUCGAGAAGUGGAGUGAGGUCGUAGGGUCACAGACAGCCGCUCUCCUCGACGUAUACCCGCCUCUGCGGAAUCUGGGCUUCAUCUCUCCUGGAAAGAGAUACGCCGAGGCGCUGCACAAGGAAGAAAGCGCUCUAUACGUUGGUCACUGGUUGGAUGCAAAGAAGCGCGUUCUUCAGGGAACGGCGAAACCUUGCUUCUCCGUGGGAAUUGUUGAAAGUCAGAAGGCGCUAGGAUUUUCUGAUGAGCUGGCUGGAUAUAUCUCCGGUUCUGCUCUUGAGGCCGGUUCAGAUACGACCGCUGCAACACUGGUCGGUUUCAUCCAAGCCAUGGUUCUGUACCCUGCUGCACAAAAACAAGCUCAAGAGGAACUCGACCGGGUGUGCGGCACUCAGAGACUCCCGAAUGUAGAUGACUGGGACUCAAUGCCAUACAUCCGAGCUUGCGUCAAAGAAACUCUGCGAUGGAUGCCAACUGCGAUUCUCGGUCUGCCGCAUGCUGCCAUUCAGGAUGAUGAGUACAUGGGCUACAAGAUUCCCAAAGGGGCUGGCGUUAUGCUGAACGUUUGGGCUAUCAACAUGGACGAGGAUAAGUUUGAGGACCCUCGAGCUUUCAACCCGUCUCGGUACGAAGGCGACGACCAGAACUCAUUCGAGUCGGCGAUGAAUGGCGACCCCGCGAAGCGUGACCAUUAUGUGUUCGGGGCUGGGCGUCGCCUCUGCCAGGGCAUGCAUAUCGCCGAUCGAUCGCUAUUCUUGAGCAUUUCGAGGCUGCUAUGGGCUUUCAAUCUUAACAGGGCCGUUGACGACAAGGAGACCGAAAUUGUACCAGAUGCGGACAAUCUCAUCGACGGUUUCUUGGUGCAGCCGAGACCCUUCCCUGCAAAGAUUACACCGAGGAGCGAGGCUCAUGCGGAGAUCGUCCGCAAGGAGUGGGAGGCGAGCCAGGCGCUCCUUGACGAGAGUAAGCAGUGGAAAGAGAUACCUCGUGGAAUGGUGUUUGAGUCACUGGUUUCGACAGAGAAGGAAUAG